GGAGGUGGGUUGGCAUCCCUGGAGCGUCAUUUUUUACUUUUAUACUUUUGUUUGACUUUUGCUUUGUUAUUAUUAUUGGAUUUUAAUAAUAAGGUCUUAAAAUUACAAUAAGGUGUUGUAUUUUGGUUUUAUAGAAGAAAUAAAAUGUCUGUAGACAUAAGAAGUGUAAAACAAAGCCUGAGGAAAAUAGAAUUUCCUCAAUGCGCUAAAGAGGCCUUACCUAAAAUUAAUGAAUUACUGUUAAGCAGAAUGAAUACUAAUCAAAAUAUAGAUAUAAAGAAUAUGGAUAUAGCCCUGAACCUCAUGGCAGAAUUUAUUUUCUUUGAAGUGGAUAGAAGAGGUGACAAAAGACCCCAACCCCUAAAUCCUCUUUUAGAGCUUCAAUUAGUUAAAAUAUUGUAUGACUAUUUUGAUUCAGAGCCUAGUGAAUCUGCUAGGAAUACUGUAUUUCUUUCCUUAUUUAGUGGCACAACAGCAAACUCCAGGAUUCAGGUGCUUUCCAAAUUGGUUUCCCUUGCGAUAGGCAUUCCAUCUACAAAAAUUUUAGUAUCUGCAAGGGCAUGGAUGCAGCAGUUAGGAAAUACUUCUGCAAAUAGCUGCAAAUUGGCAGAGGCCAUAGUUCAAGACUAUUUUUACUUUUAUAAAAGUAAUACAGAUAAAAUUACAUUAUUACCAAAAAUUUGUCCACAGUUUACCGCAAAUAUCAUAACUGCAAUUGCAGAGAACUAUUUUAAUACUAGAGGGAAAGAACUAGUAUUUCCGCCAGAUAUACUGAUAGAAACUAUUACAAAAUGGUUAUCAGAAAACCCAAGUCUAUGUAGUGCAGCGCAGCAAAAACAAGCUUUGCUUCCAGUAGGAGCUAUUUCAAUGGAGGCUACAACACCCAUAGCUGGUCUUGUACGGUGGUGUGUUCUUGCGCCCAUUUUUAAAAAGGACAAUGAAUAUUAUAACAAACUCCAUUUAGCAUUGUUAACUAGUAUAAUGGAAAUACCCAGAGCAGUUCCGCCAAAAGCAGUAUACGUCCAACAUUUGGUCAUACCUAUUAACCCAAUUAUAGCGUAUGUGAACGAUUUAAAAGACAGACAAGAAUUGAGACUAGAUCAAAUCUUAAAUGACGAAUCCCUACAACUCUGUUUGGAUAGAUUUGCUCAGAUCGUGCAGAUUGCACAGUCAGUGAAAGCUAUCAAUGGACAUAUUGACGAUCUGUAUUAUCAACUUAAAAUGUUGCCUUUUAACAAACUAAUGAGUAUUGUCAUAAAUAAUCAUAACAAAGAAAAAAUAAUUGUUAUAUGAAUAAAUUGGGUCUUUUUAUCUUCUGUUUUCAUUAAAUUUUUUAGUGAAAGCUAUCAAUGGACAUAUUGACGAUCUGUAUUAUCAACUUAAAAUGUUGCCUUUUAACAAACCAAUGAGUAUUGUCAUAAAUAAUCAUAACAAAGAAAAAAUAAUUGUUAUAUGAAUAAAUUGGGUUUUUUUA